UCAGUGUGUCGAGGUGUGGGGCACCCAGGUUCCAAGGUGUCUCUGGAGGAGCAGGCCUUCCUGCUGCUGACAGACCCAGAGAGGCAGACCAUGGGCUACUACCUGCAGGAGUACCAGGAGGGACACAUCAGCCUGGAGCCCCUGGCUAUGGCCCUGUUUGAACUUUUCAACACCCACGCCAAGGUACUGUAACGCCUGCUGAGACAGCACAUCUGUGGUAGCAUCCCAAAUAGCACCUAUUCCCUAUAGGGCUCUAGUCAAAAGUAGUACACUAUAGGGAAUAUGGUGCCAUUUGGGAUACAGCCUGGGUGUCUGCCUCAUCUUAUGGUUGAUACUUUUCUCUCUUGAAGAUGGUGUCUCUACAACGGUUUGGACACCCAGUCACAAAAUGCGCAUACAUGUUAUUUUGGUGGUUCCUUGUCUUAGCUGUCCACCAUUCUUCCUCCUGUCCUCUAUCCAGUUUCAUUUGUCAAAGGAGAUGAUGAAAACCCAGUGCUCGAAAGUAAAACAUUGUCUAAUAAAUUCCCAUUGGGAGCAUAAUGCAGUGUGUGGUGUCCACUUUUCACCUGUUAUUGAACACUUUUUUACAUCCAGCACCUGCUCUAUGUCAAAUAGGCACUCUACAUAACCUAUAGGGACUCUAUGUAACCUAUAGGGCUUCUACAUAACCUAUAGGGCCUCUAUGAAACCUAUAGGGACUCUAUGUAACCUAUAGGGCUUCUAUAUAACCUAUAGGGCCUCUAUAUAACCUAUAGGGCUUCUAUAUAACCUAUAGGGCCUCUAUAUAACCUAUAGGGCCUCUAUAUAACCUAUAGGGACUCUAUGUAACCUAUAGGGCUUCUAUAUAACCUAUAGGGCCUCUAUAUAACCUAUAGGGCUUCUAUAUAACCUAUAGGGCCUCUAUAUAACCUAUAGGGCCUCUAUAUAACCUAUAGGGACUCUAUGUAACCUAUAGGGCUUCUAUAUAACCUAUAGGGCUUCUAUAUAACCUAUAGGGCCUCUAUAUAACCUAUAUGGACUCUAUGUAACCUAUAGGGCUUCUAUAUAACCUAUAGGGCCUCUAUAUAACCUAUAGGGACUCUAUAUAACCUAUAGGGCCUCUAUAUAACCUAUAGGGACUCUAUGUAACCUAUAGGGCUUCUAUAUAACCUAUAGGGCCUCUAUAUAACCUAUAGGGACUCUAUAUAACCUAUAGGGCCUCUAUGUAACUAUAAUAGGGCAUUUAUGUAACUCUAUUGGGCCUUGUUGACUGUUUCUCCGCUACAGUUAUCCCUGCUGUCUGAGGUACGUAGCCUGGUGGCUCCCCAGGACCUGGAGCUGUAUGAUGGGCUGGUGCUGCACCGUGAGAGGGAGGCUCUGAAGGCCUGGCAUGGAGAAAAAGGAACGUUGCACCCACACAGCCGCUGUGUACACACAGAGCCCUCAGCCAGCCACACCCACUCCAACCCCACCACGAGAAAGGUUUGACCCUAAAUGACACCCUAUCCCUUAUACAGUGGACUACUUUUGACCAGAGCCCCAUGGGCCCGCUAUGUGCAUGUGUGCCUAUUCGAGUCUAUGGUGCGUGUGUGUUUGAUUUCCUCCAGGCAUCCUUAAAAAAUAUUUUCUGUCAUCAAUUGGAUCUGUCGCCAGUGUCAAAUUAAAUAGAGCAGCGAUUUCAGAUGAGAUUACUGAGCUGCAGUACCAGUGUAGCGUUGAUGUUUCACUGAAUCACUGUGGCCCAGAUCAGUUGAAUGGGACCUCAUUCUGCCAGGGCACAGUCACUCUACAAAACACUCUAUAACCAUCCAAUUGAGGCCCAGCCACCCUGUAAUAGAAACUGUUAAAAGUGUUUGUAUCCUCAAUGGCACCCUAUUCCCUAUUUAGUGCUAUACGUUUGGCCAGACUCUGGCUCUGGUCAAAAGUAAUGCAGUAUACAGAAUAGGGUCCAGUGGAGAUUAUGUGUGUGUGUGUGUGUGUGUGUGUGUGUGUGUGUGUGCGUGCGACUGUGCGUGCGCGUGUGUGUGUCAGUUUCCCCAUGGUCCAAGGUAACAGUGUUGCUUUCUGUUGGUUGUCUGGUUUUGGUGAUUACCAUGGUCCACUCUCUGCUUGUAUAAUUGGCCUCGUUGACAUCCUAUUACUAUAGCUGUAAAAUCACACCCUUAGUAAACAAGUAAUUGCAGCUAAUUUAUAUUGUAUGCACUAAAUUAACUUCCUGUGUUAAUUGAUAAUUGAAGUCUUUAGUCACGGUUCAGGGUUAAUGUUUCAGCACAUUAUUGUCAUACAACAUUGCACUGGGAUGCAGGUCAGUGAGUCUAUGGCUGGGCCUGUUUAUUUUGAAUGAUAAGUUAAAGUAAACAGGUGAAGUCAUAUUGUAACACACAAAAUAUUGUGUCUCUUUCAGCAUGAGUGCUCACAUGGUGACAGUGUAGAGCAAGAUCCAGGGGCAUGCACUAAUGUUCUACCUGACAUUACAUUGGUGAGUCUGUAUAAGUUUGAGGUUGUUCUGGUCUGAUGGAAAUAAUAGUCAGGUUUUAUGAGCAUGAGUGGCAAAUUAGACUUAAAUGCUAAUCUUUGUGUACAAUGCAUUUGAAGGUGAGGCAUGAAUGUGGAUUUGAAGGUGACUCUCUCCAUUAAAAAAACAUUUUCGGUGACCUUCGACUGAGUUUGUAAUGUUUGUUUGUACAACUUUUCUGUACAAACAAUGUCCUUUUGUGUUUCUAGAAAGAAGUGCAGUCUACAGCUGAAUCUCCUCCGUCCUUCAAGCCUUCUCUUCCCCCCGGCCAUACCCAGACCAGAUACCCCAGGGAGAGGGACCCUUCCAAGCGCCCCUCAUCCAGACACUCCCAGUCUGGCCUGAUCUUUACUGCCCCCACCAGGCUACACCAGGAAUGUCACCACAAAUCCCUCAAAGCCUUCAGCUCCUCCAACCACCAAACCUCCACCUCCCCUAGUUCUGACUUCCAUCACACCUGUCCCAACCCUGGCCACCAAAACAGCCCCAACCCUGGCACCAACCACAGUGCCUAUCCUAGCUCUGGUCAUCAGACAUCCAUAAACUCUCUUCACCACACCUGCCAAAACUCCCUCCACAUCUCCACCCCAACCUCUGACCACAACCCCCACCACCACCACCCCCACCAAGGCUGCCCCAGCUCUGGCCACCAUACCUGCCCCGGCUCCCUUCAUCACAACCCCUUGUGGUUCCCCUCUGCUCCUCCAAACAAGGAGACGACCAUCAAGCACCCCAUCUUCAGAUCCUGUUCCAAUGAGAAGCGUGCUACCUCCCCUAAGACUGCCUCCCCUUGUCUCUCACCGUGUCCCUCCCCUGGUCUCUCCCCAUGUCUGUCCCCCUGUCCCUCCCCCUGUCCCACUCUCGCUGUGCUGAGGCCACCCCCCUGUAGCCCAGACAGACCCUGCUCUCCCUGUUCUCCCUCCCUCAGCCAGGGAGGUCAAUGUGUCAUGGCAGAUGUACACAGACUGACUGCUGAGGUCAGGCCCCAGCCCCAGCAGAGAGGUAAAGGUCAAUGUGUGUCUAUGUGCUUUUGUGCAAACCUGCCUGUGUUUCUGUGUGUGUAUCGCUUUACAUGCUUGUACGAAACAUUAGGAACACGUGCUCUUUCCAUGACAUAGACUGACCAGGUGAAUCCAGGUCAAAGAUAUGAUCCCUUAUUGAUGCCACUUGUUAAAUCCACAUCAAAUCAGUGUAGAUGAAGGGGAGGAGACAGGUUAAAGAAUGAUUUUUAAGCCUUGACAAUUGAGACAUGGAUUGUGUAUGUGUGCAAUUUAGAGGGUGAAAGGUCAAGACAAAAGAUUGAAGUGCCUUUGAACAGGGUAUGGUAGUAGGUGCCAGGCGCACCAGUUUGAGUGUGUCAAGAACUGCAACGCAGCUGGGUUUUUCACGCUCAACAGUUUCCCAUCUGUAUCAAGAAUGGUCCACCACCCAAAGGACAUCCAGCCAACUUGACACAACUGUGGGAAGCAUUGGAGUCAACAUGGGCCAGCAUCCCUGUGGAACGCUUUCGACACCUUGUAGAGUCCAUGCCCCGACAAAUUGAGGCAGUUCUGAGGGCAAAAGGGGGUGCAAUUCAAUAUUAGGAAGGUGUUCCUAAUGUUUUGUACACUCAGUGUAUAUAUAAUCAAAUCUAUUUAUUCUGUGUAUCCAGGCGCCACAUUGUCCCAGCUGUCAGACAGUGGUCAGACUCUGAGUGAGGACAGUGGGGUGGAUAUUGCUGAGGCAGGAGGGCUGAGUAAAGACAGCAGUCCUCGGCCCAGUAAGAACCAGGCCACACAGGAGUCCCAAGGGGCCCAGGGACCUGCAGCACAGGCAUCCAAACAGGUGAGGGCCACCAAGGGCCCAUAUCACAACAGAAAUAACAUGUUGGGGUCUCAAAUGGAACCCUUUUCCAUAUGUAGUGUACUACGUUUGACCAGGGCUCAGAAGUAGUGCCCUAUCUAGGGAAUAGGGUGCCAUUUGGGACGCACAACAUGACAUUCAUAAAUCUCUGAGUUUCACAACACUCUGUUUUGCGUUUUCACAAAGUCAUGGUUUGCCACACGUUUUAUUUCAGUACCCUCAGUGCCUGUCCAUCCCUUGACCGUAGUGUAUGUCUUGUUUUUAUGUCUUUUUGUCCUCUUUCUAUGUCCUCAUUCUAUGAUGUAUUCUUGUGUUCCCUGCAGCAUCCUGUCUCUCCAGUGGCCACCCCUACCCUGGUACAUGUGGUAAAGAAUGCCAAUACUUUGGGUAUCGCUAUAGAGGGAGGGGCAAACACACGCCAGCUGCUGCCACGCAUCGUCACCAUACAGGUGAGAGAGGGAGACUCUGCAUCCCAAAUGGUACUCUAGUCCCAAAAUAGUGCACCACUUUUGACCAGGGCUCAUGGGGCUCUGGGUAAAAGGAGAUGAUUCUGCAUCACUUUAUCAUACUCCUACAUGUAGGAUAACUCUGAACAUGAAUGCAGCAUGAUGAAGACUACACAGGGCUUUCGUACUGUGAUGUCUGUAAAUAGUAAGAACUACUUCAUCCUAUGUGGAUGUAGACCCCCCCCCCCAUGUUGCGCCUGAAGGUGUGCGCAUAUGCAUACUUAUACGUAUUGUACUGUUCAUGAGUGCAAUAUGCAUAACAGCAAGCAUAAAAAAUGACAGCAUUACCAUUUUCACUUUCAUCCUAAAUGUGACUUUCCCCCGAGCAUCUGUUUAUGUGCGUAAUAACAGCGUAUAUUUGCAUUGAUAAGAAUCUCAAAGCAGGUCAUGGAUUCUCUCCUGGGGAUUUGUAACUUUGUUGAAGAAAGUUUUCUACCACCUGGUUAGUCUCAGGAGUCUUGGAUUGGAUGAUCUAUUCAGGUCACCAGGGCCCAUAUUCACUAGGAACGAAACGGAAGCAAACCCAAACAGGGAGGGUCUACCUGAACUUGUCCAAUAAGGAACACGUUUUUUCAUUUUUCGUUUUCAGGUGUGAGUGGACCGACAUAGUCAUUGUGAGAGGACUUACAUGUGUAUUUACAUAUUAUUCUCAAGAACAGCCUUGAGGUGUUUGUGUGACGGUACAGAGAUUUCUAUAUCAAUGGCUCCUCAUGAACAGCCCCCAUACAUCUCAGUAGUCCAAUAGAGUCCUGUUGGGCAGAAUCCCACACAUUUAUAGGUUCAUCUAACACAACAGUCGCUGCCCGCCCAUUAUCAACACAGCAGGGAUAUCACGUCGCCUCAUUAGUCCAAUAAUUUCCCCCCACCAUUUAAUGGUACUGUCUCUGAUUCAGUAACAGUCAAUAGCUGUUUUCCAAAUGGCAACCUAUUUCCUGCUUAUAUAGUCCCUACACUCUUAGAAAAAACGGUGCUAUCUAGAGCCUAAAACGAUUCUUCGGCUGUCCCCAGAGGGGAACCCUUUGAAGAACCCAUUUUGGUGCCAGGUAGAACCCUUUUGAGUUCCAUGUAGAAACCUUUCCACACAGGGUUCUACCUGGAACCAAAAAGGGUUCUACUUGGAACCAAAAAUGGUUCUCCUAUGGGGACAGCCAAAUAACCCUAUUGAAACCCUUUUUUCUAAGAGUGUAUGGGCCCUGGUCAAAAGUAGUGCACUACAUAGGGAAUAUGGUGCUAUUUGACACGCAGACAUUAGGUAGGCUCUGAAUGGCCAUAUAGAGAAUUAUAAGUGACAUGGUUGAAGAGGUUAUUUCAGGAUAUGACAGUCAACAAUAAUGGGAUUUUAUUGUUUUACUGACUUAAUGAUAUGGAGCCUUAACACAUCUGGGGAUUUGGUGCAAUAAGAAGAUGAUAAACAAUAGGUUGUCACGCAAUGGGUUGCCAUGGCAGGCACAGCCAAUUUCAAGGCUCUGCAGCAGCUAUUGCAUAACGCUAGAGUGCCAUUGCUUUCCAAAGAGUAAACAUAGUUAGUUAGUUGGAAUUCCUUCCCCCACUGUCGUAAUGAAGGUAGAUUGCGGGGUGCUUCAACUUAAGUGUGGACUACUUCUGCUGUCCACUAUAAUUGUUGUUAGGGUGAUAUGAUUAGUGUUGUUACAUCCCACACUCAUAUUUUUCUUCCUGGCACUGAUUCUGCUGAUAGCGGAUAACUAUUUUGAAGAUGGGUCUACUUGCAAUAACUGUGAUAUGGGGGGGGGGUGUCUUGGAUGGGUUCCGCUGGUGUACAGCAAUCUUUAAGUCAUACCACAGAUUCUCAAUUGGAUUGAGGUCUGGGUCUGGGCUUUGACUAGGCCAUUCCAAGACAUUUAAAUGUUUCCUCUUAAACCACUCGAGUGUUGCUUUAGCAGUAUGCUUAGGGUCAUUGUCCUGCUGGAAGGUGAACCUCCGUCCCAGUCUAAAAUCUCUGGAAGACUGAAACAGGUUUACCUCAAAAAUUUCCCUGUAUUUAGCGCCAUCCAUCAUUCCUUCAAUUCUGACCAGUUUCCCAGUCCCUGCCGAUGGUGCUGCUUGCUUGGUGGUGCCCCUUGCUUAGUGGUGUUGCAGACUCUGAGGCCUUUCAGAACAGGUGUAUAUAUACUGAGAUCAUGUGACAGAUCAUGUGACACUUAGAUUGCCCACAGGUGGACUUUAUUUAACUAAUUACAUUACUUCUGAAGUGAAUUGGUUGCACCAGAUCUUAUUUAGGGGCUUCAUAGCAAAGGGGGUGAAUACAUAUGCACACACCACUUUUCCGUUAUUUAUGUUUAAGAAUUUUUUGAAACAAGUAAUAUUUGUCAUUUCACUUCACCAAUUUGGACUAUUUUGUGUAUGUCCAUUACAUGAAAUCCAAAUAAAAUUUUAUUUAAAUUACAGGUUGUAAUGCAACAAAAUAGGAAAAACGCCAAGGGGGAUGAAUACUUUUGCAAGGCACUGUAUAUAUACAAAAGUAUGUGAACACUCCUAUAAAUUAGUGGAAUCUGCUAUUUCAGCAACACCCAUUGCUGACAGGUGUAUAAAAUCAAGCAAACAGCCAUGCAAUCUCCAUAGAGAAACAUUGGCAGUAGAAUGGCCUUACUGAAGAGCUCAGUGACUUUCAACAUGGCACCGUCAUAGGAUGCCACCUUUCCAACAAGUCAGUCAUUCAAAUUUCUGCCCUGCUAGAGCUGCCCCAGUCAAACAGUAAGUGCUGUUAUUGUGAAUUGGAAAUGUCUACAAGCAUCAACGGCUCAGCCGCGAAGUGGUAGGCCACACAAGAUCACAGAACGGGACCGCCGAGUGCUGAAGCCCGUAGCGCAUAAAAGUCAUCUGUCCUCGGUGGCAACACUCAUUACCGAGUUCCAAACUGCCUCUGGAAGCAACGUCAGCACAAUAACUGUUCGUCUGGAGCUUCAUGAAAUGGGUUUUCAUGGCUGAGUAGCCAAACCGUGAAUUGCAGACUCUGUUUCCUGUAGUAGUAGGUCCUUCAGAAUUCCUUCAUAGACCUUUCCAUUACAGCUCAGAAGGUCCUGACGAUAGUCCUGAGGGAACUGAUCUGACGAUAGUCCUGAGGGAACUGAUCUGACGAUAGUCCUGAGGGAACUGAUCUGACGAUAAUCUGACGAUAGUCGUGAGGGAACUGUGGUUUGCCUUUCUUGGGUACUGCACAGACUAGUGAGUCUUUCCACAGUGGGGGAAAUGUCCAUCUUUUAGGCAAGCAUUGAACAAAUGGGUCAAAACAGGGGCAAGCUCCUCACUGUAUGUCUUGAGAAUCCAGGCAGGGAUGCCAUCUUUGUGGUUUGGUGAAAAUCCCCAUUUAUGCCUUUGUUCUCUCUCUUAUCCUGUUUCCAGUCCAUGGAGGAAGGUUGUAUGAUCAAUUCUCAUUUCCUAGGCUACUAGGCAUCUAUUUGUUCAUGCUUUUUCUUGUAAAUGAACCUUAGAAUGUACUGUAUAUGCUUGUAAUAAUGCCUUGUAAUGGUUCUUAAUGCUUGUAACUUAAGCUUUAUGCCUUGUAUGUGAAUACCAUUAAUUAUACAAUGUUCAUUAAUUAUACAACGGGUGGGUCUAAUCCUGACUGCUGAUUGGUUAAAGUUACCACCGAUGUCUUCCGACAUUUGCAACAUUGUUUCAAUAUUCAAAUUCAAUCUCCAGCUGUCCCAUAGUGAUGAACGUGUCAGGAGUCGGGAUGAGAUAGAGAGGUAGGCAGCUUUUCUCAGCCAGUCGAAAUCAUGAAUCGGCAUCAAUUUUUAUGGAUAUAUAUAAAGAACUAUCAAUACAAAACAGGUAAAGCGAAACGAAGUGCAGCUAGUUUGCAGUCUUUCCAGCUUCAGUUUGAAGUGAUUGUGUUAGUUGUGUUGUUGGCUAGCUCUUGAACAACAGUGUCCUGACGAGAGAGCACAUUUUCUAUAAGGUGAAAUCGGGCAUCAUUAGCUCAUUGUUAUGGAUGUAUCCAAAUAAAUAUCACUAGAAAACAGCUUAAACAAAUGCAAAUGCAGCUACUUUGUUGUUAUUCUGGCUGCACUGUUUGACGUGACUGUAAUUUAGCCGUAGUUGGCUAGCUAGCAAGCAAGGGAUAAGAACAUUACCAGCCAGUAUGACAAUGGAACAUUUCGAACGAAUGACUGGGUCACGUCCAUAGACACAGAACAAAAAGACUGAACGACUGGGUACCUUCUCUGGCAACAGAACCGAUAGAACGAACAACCAGUUGGCUUGGGUAGCAACCCUAUAUUUGUGUCGGGACUAUAUAUUGUGGAAGGAUUAAAUAGUAUGAAUAAAUUCCUCAAAAUAAGUUUUUUUAAUGAAAAUAUGUCAAUCAUUAUUUGAAUAUGUUGGUAACCUGUUGUAUAAAAGUUAUAAUGCCCUCGAAGCCGGUGUUUGGAAGAAUAUUGGCACGGUUUGCCGACCCUCAACUUUGUCUCGGGUCUAACUACACCUGUGCCAAUAUAUCCUCCAAACACCAGCUUCUCGGGCGUUAUCACUUAAAUAUCUACCUUUUGAUAUAGACAAUUCUCAGACCAAUUCUUGUUAGUCAACGUCAACUCAUUGCCUAAUGCUUGCUUGUAUAUUUUAAUUAUCUUUAUGGAGUCAGAUAAACAUUUUAAUAGGCUAAUUGCUUAGUCUUAUUAUGAGUCCCAUGUGAGGGAUAUAUAAUAUGCAUAUAUCAAAUAUUACCCCACUACAUCUUUGCCAGCUGCUUUCCUCCCGUUCACCUUGAAAGGAAGCAUCUUGACCUGGCCAAUACAUUUACAUUUACAUUUACGUCAUUUAGCAGACGCUCUUAUCCAGAGCGACUUACAAUACAAUACUGUAGGUAUCAGUAGUGAUGUUUGCUAAUAUGCUGUCUUCAACCUCCGAGCUUGGGAUGUUACAUGUGGUGUCCUUCCACACAGAAGAGAAGUGAAGACUCAGGGUUUCACACUCUUGUGUCUUUGUGUCAUAUCUCUCACUCUGGUCUUCUGGAGCUCCCAUCAGCUUUUUAAUGGACCAGUUUCCGCUGUCCUUGGUCCUGAGAUGAGACUUCAUCCUCCUAGUACCGGAUAUCUCCUUAGCAUGUUGGAUGAGAUAGGGAAAGGGGAUACCUAGUCAGUUACACAACUGAAUGCAUUCAACCGAAACGCGUCUUUCACAUUUAACCCCUCUGAAUCUAAUCGACGUUCACGUCAUCGGCGCCCGGGGAGCAGUUGUUGUGGGAGUUAACUGCCUUGCUCAAGGGCAGAAUGGUAGACCUUUCGGUUACUGGCCCAAUGCUCUUAACCACUAGGCUACCUGCCACCCCAGGUAUGCCACUUUGGAGCCCAGUCUCUUGUACUCACUGUCGUCCUCUGAUUGGAAAGCUCUCAGCCUAUCGACAAUGACCUCCUUUAUUUGAGGAGUCAUCCAUGGCUUAUCAGAUGUUGCGCCACCUCCCGAGUGGCGCAGUGGUCUAAGGCACUGCAUCGCAAUGCUAGCUGUGCCACUAGAGAUCCUGGUUCGAAUCCAGGCUCUGCUGUAGCCGGCCGCAACCGGGAGACCAAUGGGGCGGCGCACAAUUGGCCCAGCGUCGUCCAGGGUAGGGGAGGGAAUGGCCGGCAGGGAGGUAGCUCAGUUGGUAGAGCAUGGUGUUUGCAACGCCAGGGUUGUGGGUUCGAUUCCCACGGGGGGCCAGUAUGAAAAUAAAAAAGAAUAAUGUAUGCACUAACUGUAAGUCGCUCUGGAUAAGAGCGUCUGCUAAAUGACGUAAACGUAAAUGUAAAUGUGAUGUUGCUCCUUCUGAUGCGCAAUGCCUGGUUGAUGAUAGGAGUGAUUCACAGUGAUUCACUGUUAUUUGUUAUUCACUGUGUAUUUAAUCCUUGUGUUACUAUUUAUAUUUGGUAUUAUAAUUUGUAAUCUUUAACUCUGCAUUGUUGGAAAGGACCUGUAAGUAAUCAUUUCACUCUUAGUCUACAACUAAUGUUUACAAAGCAUGUGACAAAUCAAAUGUGAUUUGAUUUGAUUAGCCUGAUGUCUCUACCCUGAUGUCUUUGUCCUGAUUUGGCCUGACUGAUAGAAGGCCACCUGGAACAAAGCGCUAUAUCAUUCCUCCUCUCAACCUCUUCUGACAAUAAAUCAUUUGUAUUUUGUCUCUCACCUUUCCUUGAAACCACAACAACGUUCUCCUCUUCGCUUUGUAUCUUCUCUCUCUUUAGCUCUUUAUUUCUGCCACAAGGACACAUCCUGUCUACAAAAGUGAUUAUUUAAUUGAUGCUUCAUUAUCUCUUUCUCUCUCGCCCCUUUCUCACUCCCCCCUCUGUCUCUCUGUCACUCUCCCCCCUCUCCCUCUCUCGCUCCCCUACAUCUCUCUCUCUCAUAGAAGGGGGGCUCGGCACACGGUUGUAGGCAGCUGAAGGUGGGUCAGGUGAUUCUGGAAGUGAAUGGUGUCUCCCUGAGGGGCCGGGAGCACCAGGACGCUGCUUGCAUCAUCGCUGAGGCCUUC